AUGGGACGUGAUCAGGAUCAAUGGCACGCAGACCUCGACAAGAUCACGACUUCGCUUGACCGACUAGCUCUAGACACCGACGAAGAGAACAGGUCGGCGAUUCUGGAUAGGCUUAAGCGUCCAACCGACGUUUUCCUGAGGAAAAGGAGCUGGUCCUUCACUCUGACCAGUCAAGAAGAUCGCUUGAAUGCUUUGAUUAGGCGCCAUUCCGACAAAGCUGUUGCGCUCCUGUCGUGCGCCCAUGCGCUCUCCCGACCGACCAUACGGUCUGUGCUUGCCACUCCCAUUGAGCUGAACUUUGACCUCGACAACGACGCCUGUGCCUCGAAGUACUUGGGACUCAUUGCUUCGGUGCACUGUAUCAACAAUGGCGCCGUGUCACAAGCCGAGGCAAAGCGCGCGCGGGCCCUGAUCCUCAUGCUUGAGAAGAAGUGCAGCACCUUUCUUGGCCAUGCCCGGGACUUCUUUUCGGUGGCGGAUCCCGUCCUGCUGUUCGACUUGUUUCCACCUCACACUUUGGAUUCACUGCUUACUCGCAUGUGUGGAACAUUCGCGGCCCAGGUGGAAGCGCUGAGAGAUCGGUGCGAUUGGGCGGGUGCUCACAGAGCCGUCCGCGGGCUGCCCAGCAUGUUCGGUAUCUCCCCAACACUCGACACGUUACUCAAGAGCAGUCUCAGGAACGCGCGAGCCUGGUGUCUAUGGCGGCCUGUCAAGCAUCGCAUCUACGGCCAGGAAAAACUCAGCGUGGAGCACAAAACGGAGCUUCGCGAUGUCCUCCUUUUAGAUGGCCCAGAUUUCGUGUAUGAAAGGCAUUGUUCAGCUCUGAAGGCACUGCUAAAUGACGCUCGAAAACACCGCAGGGCCUAUGUUCGUCAUGGGCGGUUUUUCGCAUGGCUAAGUAUCGACGCCAGCAUGGAUAGCCGCACGUUCCUGAAUGGCGUCCUGGACUUUCCUUCAGGCUCGCGUUUGUCGAUGGCUGGAGCGGUGGACAGCUUCGUAUUCCUCUGCCUGCGCAACCAGGUUAACCUCAACACCCUGCGCAUUCUCGAAGAGGCUGUAGCACUGAAGGAAGCUCGGGUGUAUAAGUCGCUCUCAGACAUCUUCUAUUCGUCUACGAGCCCCGGACGAACGACUGCGCUGAUGGACUUGUUGACGACGGUGCAUGCCAGCGGCGACCACACCCUCAUCGACUGCCUGAACGGCUAUAUUAGAGACAUCAUUCAAGAGGACCUCAACGACUUGCAGAUGAGGCUUCAUGAUCUUAUGGAGAAGGAUGAUCGCCGCAACCCCCACCCCACUGCCCUCCGAUUGCAAGCUCUCGGACAGACAAUAACGAACGUGCCUAGCCUAUCACGCACCCUCGAUCAUCAAACACAGCUACUGCUCAGUAACUGGCCGUCAACCGUCGAGAUCGAAGCCCUGUUUGCGCUUCGAGCCGAAGUCGUGAGAGGGAGAGUGGACUCUGCUCUCGAGACGCAACUGGAUCAACACUGCCUGAUCCGCCUCACCGGUCGUGGCACACUUGAUCAUGACUCACAGGCCGUUCUCGUGGAGCUACUGUGGCACUGGCAAGAGCGUCCUCACAUCCCACGGCGAAGUCUUGCCUUGGCGAUCAUGUCAUCCCCGAGUCUCCCACAGUCUGACCGGAGCCAGUGUCUGGUGCUUAUCCGGGACAUGGAAGACGACCAUUUGAGGGAUCUUGACACCAUCAUAUCCAGCGGCACCGAAAAGGCCUGCACGCACCUUGCCAAGUUGAUCUGCUCACGGCGAUUCCUGCAAUAUCACCAACGAGGAUUUUGGAAAGGCGUCUUGCUAUCCAUGAUGGAGCAACGGGAGGAGACGUUGUUGGAUCACACCGUCGCUCACAUGGAUGUCAAGACUUGGUUUCAAUGGCUUGGGCAUCUGAGAGAGAUCUUCGACAUUGGUAACAAGUUCGCCAAUUGUGGACAACCGAUGCUCCAGCAGGAAUUGCAUUCAUGGUCACAUGUUCUUGAGUCGAGGUAUCUCGAAGUCUUAUCGCAGCUGGAAAACGACCCGAAGACAGCUCUGCUGGUGAAAUCGACCCUCAAAGAUUGGCGACACAGGCGAUUCAUUCGAAAAGUCUUGGAUUUCUUUCUUACCAGCAGGGAACAUGAUCCUCAUCAUCCUCUUCUCCGGGCGAUCGAGGUGCUAGGCAGUCACACUCGUAAUAUGGGUGCUCGAGGAUGGGCUGCCCUCGCGGCGUUGGCUUCAGCAGAUUAG